CAUGACUCCGGCUCUAAACGUCACCCUUUGUUCGCGGCUGUGUGCUCAGCACUGCGUCUGCGCGGGCGCGGGGUGAGAAAGAAGACGUUUCCCGCUAAAGCGUAGAGCCCGCGCGACCUCGAUGGAGGCGGACGCGGGGCUCACCGAGAGCGCACAGAGCUCACCUGUGCCAGCGAAGCGCCAGGGACCGACGGAAGCGGAAGUUUUCGCCGGCGUCUCUAAGAUGAAGUCGGCUAGCGAGCACCGGGAAGCCGAGUCCCGGCUCCAGGAAGCGACGCCCCCUCGCGUUAGCGAGUCGAGUGAGGAGGUGACUGCGAGCGUGCUGUCGCGGGCCAAUGUCGCCUCAGUGCAGCAGUCUGAGCCGGAGUCGGAGGAGGGGGAGGAGUCGGAGGAGGAGCCGGAGGAGCAGCUGGAAGAAGAGAAGGAGACGGAAGCCGAAGGGGUUCCCGGCUCUGAUCGCUUCAGUUCGCAGGUUAAGAAGUCAAUCCAAGAGGCAAGGGAUUGGUCCAAAGUCAAAAAGCUAAAGAAGCAAGGCCAAAUCACAUAUGAUACCAUGGACUUCGUUACAGAGUCGGGUUACUUCCCUCCAAAAGCCAUUGAGAUAACACGGAAGAAGCCUUCCUGGAGGACGGAGCAGGAGAUCCAGGCUCUCUGUAACCUCUUGCAGGUUCUGGGUAGCUACCGGAACUACUCAGAGCCUCUGCAGCUGCUCCUGGCUAAAGUCAUGCGCUUUGAAAGGUUUGGUCGCAGGCGUGUGAUCAUAAAGAAGGGGCGGAGGGGCAACAGCCUUUAUUUCAUCUACCUGGGCAGAGUCGCAGUGACCGAUGAUGAAGAUGGCAGCAGUGCCUUCCUCGACCCCCACCCGUUUUUGCUGUACAAGGGCGACUGUUUUGGGGAAGUGGGUCUUCUGAGUUCUUCAGUAAGGAAGUCCACCGUGGUUUGUAUGGAAGAAACGGAGUUCUUGGUUGUUGACAAAGAAGAUUUUCUUGCUUAUAAGCUGGACAAGGAAGUUAAAAAGGAUUCUCAGCAUCGGUUUGCAUUUUUUAGGGAGAUGGAUCUGUUUCAGUCGUGGUCUGAUGAGAAGGUCUGGAAGCUCGUAGCUGUGGGGAAUGUGGAGAAGUUCUCAUAUGGGCAGCUGAUCUCAGAAGACUUUGUCGAAUCGUCCUCUAUCAUGUUUCUGUGCAAGGGCAGAUGUGAAGUCCUGCGGUUGAUAGACCUCGCAGCCUCGCCUUCCUACUAUAAGUGGAUCUGGCAGCAUCUGCAGCUGAUAGAUGACAGACCAAUGGAGACUCACCUCAAAGAACCUCCUACUGUGGAGAGAUUUAAGAAAUUCCGGAUAAAGUCAUAUCCUGUCCAGGACUUUAGCUCUCUGAAACUUCUGCGUCUCCAGAAAGCCUGGGAGCAACAGGGGACCAGCUUCAACAGGAAGAUUAAUACCUCAGAAAACAGUCUCCCAAGGACCCUGAGCUCAAAGAUCAAAUCUAGGUGUCCUCGUUUGAUCGAGUGUCCCAUGAUCAAUACCAAGUAUGGUGAUCUCCCCGAGGAGGCUGCAGUGGGUACCUAUAUCAAGAUCCACACUGUGGAGGAAGGAGAAGCCAUUGGCCUGCACCAGAUCCUCCUCCCGGAGAACCAACAAGACACUCGGCCCUUGAUCCUUGUGAGCCUGGGAACUGAGGUGAUAAGGGUGAGGAAAGAAACGUUCUGUAAACUGAUUGAUGGCGGGAUAACAGAAAAGUUGUCCAAGUUCAAGAUCAAGUACCCCAGCGAUGAAGAUAUGUGCCAGAAGUUCCUCAUGGAGAACAGCUGGAACGUCUUCCGGAAGGACCUGAUGCGGCUGCUGGUGAAGCCUCGCCGACAUCCCCCGUUCACUCCAGUCCGGCACAGGAAGAAAGAGAUCUACAGCCCCAAGUCUCUGACACUGGAUUUGUUUAGCUUCAACAAGAAAACUAAAGACUAUCCCAUUUUUAUGGCACACCAGAAAUAUCUUCCCCCACUGAGGGUUGUCCAAGCCAUCACAGCACCCCGGUAUAAAAUCCAAGAACUCCUGCCUCAUUACAAGAAUGCGGGGGUCCUUCUUUAGACCCAAUAAAGGAUGUUGGGUUGGCCACCGUGUUUCCUGAAUGACCACCAAGGAGGUUGUGGGGGCUUGGAGUGAGGGCUCCUGGGGGCUGAGUUGUAGAUCUAGAGAGAUGUUUGGGGGCAGCAGCUAGGGCAUGUCUUCCUUGAUACUUGUGGGGCUGAGUGAGUGGAUGGUCUCCCUGGGGGUGGUCUCAGGGUGGGGAGGGGCUUAUCUGAUGGGAUGGAUGGGGAGGCAAAGUGGGGCUCAAAGCAAAGUGAGCGAGAUGGGUUGCAAACUCAAAUGCCUUCCAAAGCCACACAGGUCAGCUAAAGGAACAUAGCAGAAAGGCUUGGGAGGCAACAGGGAAUGGCGGGGACUGGUGCACAUUUCCCCCAGAGGGAGCAGCUGCUCCUUAGCCCAGGUCAUUGAUGCCGUACCAGGAAAUAACACAGGCCCAGUACUGCCAGCCUCUUUUUCAAGCGAACCAAGAAACCUCAUAUUUGAGAUGAUUCCUACUGGUUUUUAAAUGUGAGCUACUAAUUCAGAUUGUUUUUGAAGUACUGUGUUAGGCCAACAAAACACAUGUGGGCUGUGUGAGUCUACAUGCUACGAUUUUGCCCAUGCUCAUCAAGCACCUCUGUGAGACUGACAGGGCGUUGCCAGAGGCUAGAGUGAGGUGUCACUGGGGUGGGGUAUAAGGAGCCAGAGAGAGACAGAUGGGCAGCAUGACAGGAGUAGCAUCCUGCGUCAAGGAUGAGGAGCGAGCAGCCUGGGGAGAGGAGGCAGGCCAGAGACAGGAGGCAGUUGGUUGGACUUAAAGAGGGCUCUUCAGUCCCCCUGGGGGGCUCCUGAAUCUCCAGCCACCUGUCACUGACCUGGGCCUAGAACUCAGGGUCCUUGUCUCCCUUCAGCUUCAGCACCACAGACCCAGCGCCCAGUCACUUCUCUCCCGUGGGAAACCCCAUAGUUUAGCUUGGAGAGCUCUGAGGGGCCUGGUAGAGGCCAUGAUAGCAUAAGAGCCUGGCCUGGGGCCGCUAGGAUAAACAGAACCCUUCCCCCACUCCACACAUUUGAACAUUCACCUACCCCACCCCUGGCAAGGAGUGGAAUCUGAGGGACACCUGGGUGCCGAGCGGGCAUGGGCACUCUGGAGAGCCUCGCUCUGUCUCCAUCUCACUGGACCUCGAGUCCUUUCCUGCACCCCAGUUUCCCCAGUAACAAAAUGAGCAAGUUGGACAAGAUCAAUGGUUUUCAUGAGUGAGGGGUGAGUAUAGUUCAAAAAGCAUAUUCAACAUUAUAGUUUUGUUUGUUGAAUUUAAAAGAAAACUUUUUAUGUUGUACAGCAAAAGAGGAGGAUGGAAUUUUUCUGUCAGAGCAGAGGAUGGAUGUAAAAGGGUAGAGAAGCAGUGGACUUAAUCAUCUCAACUUCCCUGAUAGCUCCAGAGGGUCAAGGAGCCUGAGAUAUCUGCGGCAGUCCUGGAAGGGCCCUCGGGGACCUACAAGGACAGGGUGGCACUGUUUUGGAACCAGGUAAGUUAGAGAGCGUGACUUGAUUUGGGCUCUGUCUGCAUUUAGGGCUGUGGCUCCAAGAUGAUGGUGUGGACAUCUUGAUCAUUCAAAAUUUAUUUAUUAUGCACUUGCUCUGGGCAGAUCCAGAGGAGGAUAAGAGGCAGCCCCUGUUCCCUAGGCCAGGGGUCAGUAAACCCUUUCUGCAAAGAGCCAAAUAAAUAUUUUAGGUUUUACCUCCCAUACAUUCCUGCUGUAACUACUCAACUCUGUAUGGUGAAAGCAGCUUUAGUGUUCCAAUAAAACGUUUUUUACAAAAAUAGGUGGCAGGCCAGAUUUGGCCUGCAGGCCAUAGUUUGCUUACCCCUGCUCCAGGCAAUAGGGAGCCCUUGAAGGUUCUUGAGCAGCCAUAACAUGACCACAGAAGGCUAGAGAAGCUUAUUUAUUGAGCACUUAUUCUAUGGCAGCCGUCUUGCUAAGCCUCUAACUGUGAAAUCUGAUGACCUUUGGGCUAAGAUCCCAGCUCCGCCACUUACUGGCUGUUGAGGAUUGAAAGCAGUUGUGCAUGUACAGCAAGGUGGACUAUACUCACCAAGGCCUUUGGGUCCCGCGUCCUGUGAUGUGAGAGAAAAAACUUCCAGAAUAGGAGGCAGAUCAUGUUUCCUAGGGGAGAGGUGGGUGAGCAAAGAGACUAGAACAACCUGGGAGUGGGGGCGCUGUGUCGGGGGAGAGACUGUGGGGGCUGGACUUUGGGAAGUCUUAGGAGUAGAGAAAGAGCAAAAGCUUUUUCUGAAGCCACUGUGUAACUGAAGACCUGAGAAUGAGAUAUGUCUAAAGAGGACUUUAAAGAGCUUUUCUGUGCAUUAAGAAUGCUUUUCUCCUUUGGCAUUUUCUCGAGAAACCAAGUAAACAUUUAAAUUGCUCUUAAUUAGUACUUACGCAGUACUGCUGUUUCUUUGAGUUUAGUAACCAAACCUAGAGUGGGCAGCGUGAGGCCCCAGUUACAUUUGGGUUACACAUGUAAAGUCCCUGGUACCUAGUAAGUGCUCAAUACACAUUAGAUGCUAUCAGCACCUUUUUGACUGAUAUCAAUUUAGCCAUCCGGAGACUCUUCCCCUUUUAAUGGAAUAGGAAACUGGAGCUUUGGAACACUAAGACUUCAUAAUCAGUGAUAAAGGCCACCUCCAAGAGAUUUGGAGUGGGACAGUCUUGGCUGACAUCUUGCCCAACUGCCACACUCAUCACUAAAUGACAUGGUUAAUGUCCACGUUAAGGGGCAGCUUUGGAGAGAGAGAGAGCAGAGGCAGGUCACCAAAGCAUUAACGUGCA